AGGGCACCGCGUGUCGGUGGUGGCGGCGUCGCGAGAGCGGCCCAACAACUGACGGAGAGACCGCGGCUGCACUUGCACCACUUGUACCUGCACCGACCGGGCCGUUGGGACAUGGAGGCAAAGGGACCCAGGCAGCCGCGCCGAGGUGUGAACUGAGCGGCGGAGGUGACGGCCACGGGAGAAAGUAAAGGAUACAUGAAGAUAGUGAAAGACAUGAAGAUAGUGAAAUUAUGGAUGCAGCAGUAGACAUAAUUUUGAAAACUAAAGAGGAGAAAAAUGCAGAACUAGAUAAGAAGAUAGAAGCUAUGCGGAAGAAGAAUGUAGCGCUAAUGAAAAGAUACCAUGAAAUUGAAGAAGAUAAAAAAAUGGCAGAACUUGAAGGAAUGGCUGUCGUCACUCGGAAAAAUAGACCAGAGAGUCUCAUGAUCACGAUUACAAAAUCCCCAAAUGAAAAGAGGGUGGUAAGUGAGAAACGGAUGAUUGGAGUAGCAAGCAGUCUUCAAGGUUGUGAAGCAGAUGCAGGUCAAAGAUUCUCCAUCGGAAGAGGACAAAGGCUUCGCAGAUUUGUUGUAGAAGAAAGCAAAGCAAAGGAGUGGGAGGAAAGGAGAAAACAAAACAUAGAAAAGAUGAAUGAAGAAAUGGAGAAAAUAGCCGAAUAUGAAAGGAUUCAACAGGAAGGAAAAGUCGACAAGAAUCCAAUUAGAAAUUUCUUGGAUGAUCAUCGGCGUACAUGUCCCUUGCCUGAGGGGGAUAAAAGAGUGGACAGUCGACAUAAUGUUUGGAACUGGACUGGCUCUAGCUUUGAGAUGGUUAAGUCUGAUAUUGAAAAGACGCACUGUGAGAAAGAGUGGCAGGAGGGUGCGAUUCCAACUCAAAAAGGUACUAUCGAUAUGACUGUGUUGAUGACGGGGCGUGAGAGAGCAGAAUAUGUACGCUGGAAGAAAGAGCGAGAACAGAUUGAUCAGGAAAGGUUGGCACGUCAUAAGAACUCCAAAGGAGAAUGGAAAAGAGCAUGGGAUGCAAACAAAACUGAGAACAUGUUUCAAGAAGAUUUUGCUGUGGAAAAUGAGCUUGGCUUUCAUAAGAGAAAAGGAGGAAGAAACACAAGAAAAUGCAAUGUACGGUUUCAGCAUCACGAUAUACGAGAUGAUGGGAAUCAUUCUGACAAGACCAAAGAAUUAUUUCCGUGGUCUGAAGCCGCAGACAACAGUAAAUCAAAGGGCAAAGACAGACUGACUGGGAGAGCCAGAAGCUUUAAGAUGGAUAAUAGAGCGAAGACCUAUAUACAAAGAGAUGCUACGGAACAAGAUGCGGGAGAAGAUACAGAUGAUUCGAUGAAUGUGGAGUGGGAAACCAAUGAAUCAAGUAACUGCCAGGCAAGUUCUUUAGAUACCAAAGAAGUGCAAAGAGCUCUGGUGGACAAUGAAGAGACUGUAAACAAGCUAAUGCAAAACAACAGAGAAGUGGGUAAUCUGUCAUUAGCCGAGGAGUUGAUGCAGAUCAAUCCUGUAUUGUACCAUAAUGUUACAGGCAUAUGCAAUUCUAGCUCUCCUUCAGAAAAUGGGAUUUCUGAUCAUUCUAUUCUGUCAGGGUGUGAUUUACAGGAUCUUGAAGAGACAGGAAACGUGUUAAAUCGUUGUUCCUCUAAAGACGCUUGUAAACAGAGUAAGAAGUCAAUAUCGGUCGCCUCUGAUGCAAAGUCAGACCAAAUGAUUGCUACCGAGAAACAUGUCACCUUGAAGGAUGGAGUUCCACUUGCACUUAAAUUACCUGCUUGCCCUGACGCACUGGAUGAUAAUUCUGAAGUACUGGAGAAAAUUGUGACGAUUGCUGUUUGUGAUGAAGAAGGAAAUAUAUUCUCUUCAGCUGCUGAUGUUGCAACUAAGCAUUUGGCAGCAUUUGUGAAAUUGCAGGAUCAGUCUGCAGAGGAAACUGUUGAAAAGUUCCAACUUGCACUAAAAACAGAUACUCCAGAUAUGUUACAUGGUGACCAGGAAAUAAAUGCUCCAAAUAAUUCUGAGGUUCCAAAGCAUUAUCAAGAGGAACAGUCUGAAGAAAACAAACAGAAUUACACUCAUUAUAUAGACGAGGUGUCAGACAUUUCAGCAGUUGCUUUGAAGACAAGCACAAAGAUUCCACAUGAUGCUGCCGCUUUUGACAUUAUCAGGACUAUGAUUGGAAUGAUGGUUGAAGAAAAAUGAAAUAAAUCCCAUACUGAAGGAGUUAUAUAUUCAAGAAGUCAACGUACUCAGUUUCCAGGGACCACUUUUCACCUCAAUAAGUUAUUGAUAGCAUCUCUAUUGCAGUGUUUAAACCACGGGUUUCAGUUUUUUACCACUAUCAUGCAUCACUACAGCCUUCUGCCAGCGAAAACGCAAACUUUCGGAAGCAAAAUGUCUGCAUUAAUUUAAUUUGCUUUUAUAUCAUUUAUUUAUUACUCUACAAUUUUAUUUCUUGCAACUGUUGCAUAAUUAGGCAUUUAAGUUCUAUUGACUCGUUAAUUUUAUUUGGAUUUUGUGUGAAUGGGUUACAUUUGUUUAAGAUUGCUGCAGAAAAGAUAAUACUUGACAGAAUGUUAGACUAACGAUGGUCUUUGUGAAUAGAAUUAACUUCCCGACAUUGAAUUUAAUGGAAAUAUUGUUAAAUCUCUGGGCUCUUCUGGUUUCAACUAAAUGCUGUGGGAUAACAUUGAUGUGAACGGCGAUUCACAAAUUCUUGUCUCAUCAACCAAAUUGAGUUGAAAUACUUCUGAUUAGCAGUUAGAAAGCAAUGCAGAAAAUUGCAUUUAAUCUAGGCCGAUUUGACGAACAUUUAGGAAAUACAUAAUGUAUAAAUGUUUUGCAAUCGAAGGAGUUUAAACAGAAUCUAAAAGGGUUACAAAAUGCUUGGGAUUAUCUGAGUCUGACAGUUUUUGACUGUUUUACUCAGGCAGGUGUACUUUGAAAAAGUUCCAGAUGAGAAAUGCCUUCAGGAGCAGUGACAAGUAUUGUCUAAACGGAUUGCUGGGGUGAUUACUCUGUACUAUCUUAAUUAUACCGAAUAUUUAUGCAACAUUGAAUGUUAUUUUUGCUUGGCUCUUAAUAGGGUUAAACAAACACUUUUGGUUUCCAUCCUCCUUCCAAGUUUAUUUAGGAAUAAAACAAUUACAGUAGAAGCAACAAUGUUGAUAUAAUAUUUCAAAUGUUACAUUGUAAUAUUUCAAUAAGUUUAAUAUAUCCUGUUGUUUCUUAUGACCAGCAGUUUUUCAAUUAGGUGGCAGGAUGAAAUUAGGUCCAUAUUUAGAAUACAAUUUUUCAAAAUGAUAUCUAAUCACUGCAACUUUUGGCACAAAGUGCAACUUCAGAUUCUGAAGUCAGGAGUAGGGGUUAAAUAUCUUAGUAUGAGAACCUGGAAUGUCUCACCAGCCUGAUGAAAACACUGCCUCUGGACAGAGAAGUUGAAAGCUGAAAACUGGCACAGAUAUUAAGAGGGUAGCUUAUACCUCAUGCGUGAGCUAUUCCUGAUUUGUAAUUGUGAGGGAACCACGCUGAGGUCAGGGCAUGAUGCCUCAAAACAGACGGAUCUUAGACUUUAGACAUGCGAGAUAAGGUUAUUAUUGUAGCAUUCUCAACAUUUUGUCCUCGAGGAGCAAAAUGUACAGUGUUUUUUUGGUGAAGGGACUUAGGACUGCAAUCAUGCAGGCUUCCCAGCUUUCAUCCACGAUUACUAUUCUUCACAAGCAUAGAGACCAAGUUUAAUGUGUGAUCCCAUUCGACACUGCAAGUUGGAUUGAAAGAGGGGCCACUAAUGCAACAUGGAGGAGGUAGGAAGAUGAUGUUUCUAAAUUCAAUAAGGGCUAGGAAGUUAGUUUGAUGCAAUGUUAAUAUGUUUCUUAGUUCACGCAUUUUGGUCGUAUCAAUUAUUUGAAAUUUCCAAUUGAAUAAAUAAAGUUGACAUUUUAUUACUCUUGGAUCAGCAACAAUUAGGAUAAAGUGAAUCCAGAGAAACUGGUUACUAAGGUAUAUGCUAAAGCAUAGUUUGCUGUUGAUAUAUUUAAACAAUUAAUAUCUGUGUCAGAAUUAGUUUAUUUUGAAAUUAAUUUCAAAUUCCAUGAAGUUACUAAAACUCAAUCGUUUUCUGUUUAAAGAUGCCUGUGGUAGUUUUUCUUUCAAAUGUUAAAAUGCUUCACACAGUUCUUUAUAUUUCAAUAAAACUAUUUAUAAAAUGUUGAAACAAGGCAAUAGCUGUGCAUUAUAUUGAAAAUUGUGUUGCCGUAUGAUGGAUCACAGUUAUGUUCACACUACCUCACAUGCAGCAUGGUGAAUCGAACUCAUACGUACAAAGAAAGCAACAUAUUCUUGGAGAAAGGAAAAAUACCAAGCACACCCUCUCCAUUGUCGAGGUACAAUGCAGAGGCCUGGGUAACAGUUACGUACCUAUUGAUGAAAAUUGAUAUAUUGUUUAAAGGUAAUUUUGAAAAAAAGAUUUAUUGAUAUAAACUAAAGAUCAGUUGAAUGAUUACUUUUCAGUUGCCAUUGAUGCAGCUUUCACUAGUUUUCAGCUCUGAUUGGUAUAUUAAGAAUUUAUGUAGCAUUUGAAUGCUAGAAAAAAAAAUGCUAUGUGCAUUCUACUUAAUGUUGCAUUUCAAUUGAUUAUGCAUAUUGUGAAGUGUGUGUAUCUUUUAUUAGGAAUGUUUAAUAAAUAUAACCCUUUGAAAUGCU